UACGAUGACAGGAAUAUUUGAUAGGUCCCAAUUAUCAUAAAAUAACGAAAUAUUACCUACUUGUUUUUAUUCUAAACAAAUUAUUUGCCAUGAUUUUACAUCGGUGAUAGCGAAAUUGUUAAGUGUGUUACUUUAUUAUUUUCGAAUUUAAUGGGCUGUGGAGUGUCUUGUUUGACACAAACGACAAUGUUGUUGUUUGGUAAAAAUUCCAAUAAUACUAAUGAAUCACGAGCUAAAUUAGAGAGGAAACUCUAUCUAGCUAAGGAAUCACCCGAGCCAGAUUUCGAUUUAUCGGAUUGUCAACUGCGGCAUGUACCGUCCGGCAUAUAUUCUAUAUGCAAAGUAUACAGGAAACAUCAUUUGUAUUUGCAUUGUAAUAACUUGCAUUCUUUAGAAGGUGGUGGACAAUUAUCAGAUUUAUAUUGCCUGAAAGUAUUAAAUAUUAGUUCUAAUAAAUUUUUACAAUUAUCAUGUGACAUCAAAUAUCUGGUGAAUUUGACUGAGCUGUAUGUACAAGAUAAUAAUUUAAAGGAUAUUCCUAAUAGUAUUGAGUUUUUACAAAGCUUACAAAUUUUAAAUGUUUCUAAAAAUAGACUGAAAACAUUAACACCAUCAUUAGGGAAGUUAAAAACACUUAGACAAUUGGAUAUUACUGAAAACAAUGAUUUGAAAGAACUGUGUCCGGAGCUAUGUUUUGCCACAAAUAUAAUAUCUUUAAAACUGGAUAGUGAACAUUUCAUUUUCCCUCCAGCUGGAGUUGCUAGACUAGAGACAUUUGAAAUAAUGAGCUAUCUUUGUAAGCAAAUGAAUGUUGACUACAUACCUCCUUCAUCCACUGAUUCUGAAAUUUUAUCUAUUCAAUCCCCAAGUUAUGUUUAUGACCCUUUUUUAAAAUAUAAUAUGACUACAUGGGAGGAGCAUGAGGCAGCUGUAAUGGAACAAGAAAACAAAUUCCAUGAGGCUGCCAAACAACAAAGAGAAAAAUUUCUAACAAAAGUGUUACAAGAACAACAAGAAUUAGACUCAGAAAUUGCAAGAAUCCAUGAAGCCAAAGAAGUGGAACGACAAAGGCUAUUGAAAGCAAUUCAGGAUGAUGAAAGAGAAGUUGAGUGUUUGGUUAGGAAUUUUAUACAAUCAGAUCUUUUGAAACCAGAGAUUUUACAGCAACAACUAGCACAUGAACAAGCCGAGCAUGAUCGAUUACUUGAAAUCACUCGUCAGAAUUAUGACAAUAUCAAAAGAGUUGAUGUUUUAAAGGCUAUGGAAGCUCUUAUUGAAGAAGAUUUUUCAAUUCAACAUUCCAAGAAACAUUAUGAAGAUAGUUUAAAUGAUAUGAAGCACAGCAUACUUAUGCAAGAAAUGGAAGGUGCUGUUAAGUUAGAAGAAUUAUUGAGUGCCAAAGAUCAGUCACAUACAGUAUUAGUGCAGCAGUUAUUAGAAGAUGAAGAUCUCCAGAAAGCGAUGGUUGCUUCACUGAUUGAAAGAGUUGAUUCAAGAAGUUGGAGCUUAAAUCAAGAAAUUGCAUUGAUUUCUGCACAUCUUGCCAGACUUAGUGUUAUUGAACAAGAAAAGAAAAAACUACAGAUUUCUUGUAAUUAUAAUGAGUUGCUUCAUCAGAGAAUGCAGUUAGUGAAUCUGUUAGAUGAUUUGUUGGAACAACGCAAUAAAAGAAGGAAACAACUUGUUGACACAUUAAAAGAAAUGGAGAAUGAAACUGUAAAAACAACAGAUUUUUGGUUGAGAAAUUAUCAAAAACUAAUAGACUCUGCACCUAAGAAUUUAUUAGAAGUUGGGAAGCAGUUGGAUCCUGUUCUUGCAAAUUACCUACUGCAGGAGGGUGUAAUACACUGUUUACCAUUCUUGGUAAAAUUUUUGUUUUCUGAUAAAUCUUUAUUGAAUGUCACAAUAGACGAUUUGAGAGAAAAUGGGGUGUCACUCUCUUCAGAUAGAAAAUCAAUAUUACGAGCAAUAAAUUACUAUGUAAAGGCCAAGACUCAGAUUCAUUCUUUAGCUGAUAAUGUUGACAGGGUAAUACCAAGUGCUCCUACAGAGGAAGAUGUCGAACAAAACUAUACUGGUGUUGUUACUACCAGUGAAACUGAGAACUCAAUAUUGGAGUCAGAAUGUGUUAUCUGUAUGGAUGCUAAGUGUGAAGUUAUAUUUAUUCCUUGUGGCCACAUGUGCUGUUGUCAACCAUGUACUGAGAGUGAGAAGAAAAUUGAAAGCUGUCCACUGUGUAGAGAUAACAUAGAGAGGACUAUAAAAGUCCGAGUUGCAUGAUUGUUAUGGUAAUUGUAGGAGUUCAAGACUGGAAAUUGGUACAAAAUGGACACAUGAAGAUUCUAUAGUUAUCAAUUAAUUGUGUAUUAACCACAGACAAAAAUUUACAUGUUUGCUGCAAGAAUCUACUUCAAUAAGUAAAAAACAAGUAUUAUGCUAUAUAAUUAUUAUAUUAUAAUAAUAUAUAAAUAAUUUUUGUAUAAGUCCUCUUUCACACUAAACUGACUCCAUGACAAUGCUAUACUGUAUAUGCUGUUCAGUUAUUAUCAGUAAUUUAUUUAAAAAAUAUUUUAAUUUCUAAAAUUUGAGUUGAAAUGUACACCACCACUAUUUUUUAAAUGUUAGUAGUGACAUCUGUGAAAUUUCAUUAAUUGAAGUUUGAUGUAAAGAAAAAGAAUUAUUCUUCUAAACUCUUUGGCCAGUAUAAUAAUAGUCUGUGCUAUUAACUUCAUUUUGUCAACAAUAGUAUCUAUUGAUAAUAUUUUUUAUGGAUUCAUAAAAUGUAUGUAUUUUGUAAGGACUGCUUCAAAGUUGAAUAAGUCUGAUAUGAUACCAAUAAUCCAUAAAAACUAUUACUUAAGAAUAAGUAAGUUAGUUUUAUUUUUUAGUUGUAUUAUUUAGCUAAUAAAGUCGCACAUUUACAUUCGGGAAAAUAUGAAAAGCAAUACAAUAAAUUAUUGCCUCAAUUGAUAGCUUUAACAUAUGGUUAUUUAUAUGCCUAUUUCCAAAUCUAAUUGUAAAAUACCUAUUCGCCCGAAAUCUUUGUGUUUGUAUAUUUUCUUACAAUAUCCUUUGUGAUUAGGUAAGGUCAACUGUUGAUAAGACAUUCCUGUAAAAAUGAAGUUGUAUAAGUAAAAACUAUGUUAAAAUUACAAGUUUAGCUCUAAAUGUAAUAUUAACAAAUGAUAGGACAUGAUUUGUGCGUGUGUAAUUUAAUUGUCUUUGGUAUCAAAAUACAAAGUGUUUUUUUUUAUAAAUGAAAAUGGAAUGGUAACCUGAUACAUGAUAUGUUAGGAUGAAAUCAGGUUAGUUGGCCCAUCGUGACAUAUUAACUAGGAACUCACGAUGGUUUUCAGGGGGAUUGGGUCGUAUCGUCCUGACAAGUUAUAUUGCUAUUACUAGCAAUAGGGUUGAUAGUCAUAAUUGCUAACAGUCUCCUGUUAAUGAAUGUUGUAAUUUAAUAGAAGGAAAAUUCUAAAUUGCCGUAAGUGCCACAAAGUGUUGCAAUACAAUUUAAAAACAGGCUAAUGGGAAUUUGUAGGAACAAAAUAUUUUCCUAUUACUGUUUGCCUUGUACUGUGUAUAUAAUGUUUUAAAUUUAUAUAUUAUAUAAGUAGAUUAAGUAUCUAAGUAUUAACAUAACGUGGAAAUGCUAAAAUAUUACAAAAGCUUGUUGAUAUUAUAUAUAUAAAAAGGUUGCGUAUUUAAGAUUCUUGAAUCUUCUUUACGUUACUGUAACUAUUUUCUCUUUGGACACCUUAAAAAAGAAAUGCAAAAGCAAAUUUUAUAUUUUAUUUAUGGCCAACAUUUUUUUAUGUAAUUGAAGAUAUUGGUUUUUUGCUAUUGUAUUAUUUUGUGUCAUAGUUUAAACUUUUAUUUAUUAGGAAUAUGUUUAUUCUUUGCUCAUGUAAUGUAUAUACUGUAAAUAAUAUGGCGCAUGUCAAUCGUAUAGAUUGUGCCUUUCUAUUAUAUUUAUAAUAGUUGUUUAAAUUUUUAUAUUCGAUAAUCUCAGAUUCGGGAUUCGGCUGUGAUUUCAACACAUUCAAGUUAGGUUUUUUUUUUUUAUUUAUUGAUCAAUAACACGUGAUGUAAAAUAUCACUUAUUACCAAUCUUUGGGAAGUGCAAAAAUACUUGACGGGCGUCUGGUAUAAACAGUAUAAAAAUUGUAAAUGAAGUGAGCAAUUUAUUUAAGAAUAUUAAAUAAAUAUAAAAAUUAGGUAAUACGAUCGCAAUAUUAUGGAUAUUAUAAAGCAGAACGAAAAAUGGCAGGAUGUAUACAGAUGUAUAUAUCCUGCAGACAUAGAUAGACAUUCGUCUCGAUGUGUGCUGAAAAGUACUCGAAUAAUAUUCAAAAUUUCUUAAAGUUUGACUUAACCAGUGCGUGUUGCCAGUGAUGACACAUGGGACCGAAACACGGUCUUACACGGUUGCCCGUAUGUAAAAUCUUCAAAUAUUUUAGCGAGUUUUGGAGAGGGCUAUGCUCCGACUUUCUUUGCGUGACUGAAUUUGAUAUGAGGAUAUCCGAAAAAAAAAAUCAAUGCUACCGACAUAGCCUGAAGGAUAAGCAAGCUGAAGUAGCAAUGGGCUAAUCAAAUAGCUUUAAGAAUCGAUGGGGACGAAAGGUUCUUGAAUGGUGACCUCGUACGAACAAAUGCAGUAUAGGAUCCCUCUCCCACUAGAUGGAGUGACGACCUCAAAUGCAUUGAAAGAAGUUAAUGGAUGUAGGUGGCUCAGGAACUUUCCUAGUCGCAGUCUAUGAGGGAGGUCUAUGUUCAGUAGUGGAUAGAUAAUGGCUGACAUCAAGAUGAUAAUUAUCUAUUGUGUUUUAAUUUUAGAUAUAGAUGGUUUCCAUAUUAUUACUAAGUUAUUCUAUAAUCUUGUCUAUGAAAUUUUGGUUCACUUUACUCUAGUCAAUGGUCCAUUGCGUGUAGAAUAUUCUAAUCAAGUAAUUUUAAAACUGGAUUUUUACAAAUAACUAUAAAGUUGCACGAAAGCUGUCUGUUGCGUUUUUUUUUUGUUGAAUUUGUCAUAAAGACGACCGUUUCGUUUAAAAUGCCGUUGCGAGUCUCAAUAAUGGAUUCAAAAUGAAAACGAUUUAUACUACAUGAUUGAAUUCUGAAUUCAAUAAUUAUAUAAAAAAUUUCAUGAUGAUCUCGUACAAAUUUUGUGGUUUUUGUUUUAUAUGAGUGUAUAAAAUUGUGUAAAGAUUCACUAUAUUUCACUCAAUAUCUACUCGUAUAUGCUAUUAUUUUUACCUAUUUUAGUGUCCCAUAUUGUAGGGAAUUGUAUUUUUAUUGAAAUAUGGAUUAUUAGUAUAAUUUCCAAUUUAAUAAUAAGUACCUAUAUAGCUAUAUGGUAACUAACUAAAGAUCAUAUAUAUGUUACUGUAAAAGUCCGAACAUCGGUAAAUCUUCAAUUUUACUAACAAGGCACCCUAAUUUUGAUAAUAUUUAGCGAAUACCUUUACUGACCUAGAAAGACUUCACCACUUGCCAUGUCACAAAUUCUAGUUAGUUUGAAAUUUAAAAUUACCACAGAAUGUUACACUUUUUAGUAUUAGCUUUUACUGGAAAAUCUUAUGAUUAAUGGAUUUUACCGCAGUUCGAACUUUUACAAUAUUUACUAGAAGACUAUAAUCUCUAUAACAGUACUUUAUAUUAUGGCUAUAUAUUGAAUACUCCAUGCUAUGUUUAUAUAUUUUGGUAUUACAUACAUAUAUAUAAGCGCAUACGUUUUAUAUAAAGAGUGAGGUUUGAUUACACUUGCUAGAGCAACAUUGUUAUAUUUUUCCUACUUUUUGAAUUGUUAUCACAAUUUUUCAAAUACACAGUUAUAGCACA